AUGGCAAACGAACCUCGGUAUGAACUCUCAGCACAUAAAUCGCCUGCAACCACAAAACUGACAAAAACAAACAGUGGAGCAUGGGCGCGACCCCGUCCAGGAGCAGCACGCACACCGCAACAAUCACGAUCCUCGAACGCCUCACCUGCACCUGCGUCUUCCGCCGCACCUGCUGCAAAACCCACUCCUUCUCCUGCGCCUACUGGAAACGUGUGGGCAGCUAGAGCGGCGGCACAGAAGGCUGCUCCUGCUAAGGCUGUUGAUGCGGGCAAGAAGAAGGAACAGAGUGCGCCUGUUGCGACGGCGGUGACUGCUGUGAGCUCUGGCGCGCAAGAGACGCAUGUGCCUGUCAACAACUUCAAUGAUGGCGAGGUCAAGCAGUUGCUAGGCAGGGGAGAGGCAAGUUCUGUGUACAAGGUUGAUGCAUCAAACGCUUCAAGUGCGGAUGGUAAGUGUGUCUAUGGUCGCCUCUUGGACAACAUCAUUGACAUACAUCGUAGCGGGUUGCAUGGCGAAUGGAAAGAGCUUCAGGGUUCAUUUGGACGAGCAAGUCACAGCCGCUCUUAA